AUGCAACUUUGCGAAAUCAACCAAGUCGAGGAUAUCAGUUGCCUCUAUGUGGUGAAAAUGAUCCUGAUCCGCCUCUGCAAGGAGACCCUUGAGGCGUUUCGCGUUGUCAUUGCAUCUCGCGUCUCAAUUUCCCGGAUCCCAUUUCCCUCCUCCAUCAUGAUCUCAGCUGUCACUGAGUUCCGAGUUCCGAGUUCCAUGAUCUCUUUUUCGGUAUACCCGUGGCCGAUUUAUUCGAAAACGAAGUCCAUGAACUGGGCUAGCGAUAUGUCUGCUUUGACGUCGAGGAGUUAUGUCGUGUCGUGUCCUGUCCGGGCGGCUGCAGUCGAGGCCAAAUCCUGCAUCAACAUCGAGAAGUAG